UCCGAUCUCGUACAGCGAGCGGCCUCUAUGGAGCCGUCAUUGGUUUGUAAUACGACUGUUGCCCCGGGGUGGCAGAUUGCAUGACCUGGGUUGAAUUUUCAUCCGCUGGGCCAAGAAUAACUCGACUGGAGUAUGAGAUCACUUGCGGUGACCAUUCGAAGUGGGCUCGAGGACUUCGGCUGAAUCUACCUUCAUUUGGAAACAUGAUUAGGAAAGAUAAACUCCCGGAAGCGCUAUACGUAGUGUCGGUUUUGCUGAUCGUUGGCACCACCAUCUCAAUUGUAGGAAGGUUACGGGUACGCUUGGGGGUCCUGAGGAAUGUCGGAUGGGAGGAUGGACUCAUUACUCUCAGUUGGGCUUUCGCAUUGGCGUUCAAUGUUACUGUGAUCUCGGCGACUCACGUAGGCUUUGGUCUGUCUUACGAGAAUUUUGACGAAGCCAAUCUUCCCUAUUUGUCACAGCUCAUCAUGGUCAUGUCCAUCACGUACAGCUGCUCCAUCACCCUCGCCAAAGCCUCCUUCGCCGUCCUCUACCUCCGUCUUCUCAAUCCAGUUGGCCCUCGGUUUCUAGUCAUACUAAACAAGUCAAUUCUUGUCUUGCUGGCUAUUCAGGCCGUGGAGGAGACGUUUUUCGUCGUCUUCCAAUGUCGACCCAUGAAGAAAGCAUGGGCCCCAACGGUCCCGGGGAGCUGUAUCCCACUGCAGCCUAUUUGGUAUACGGGGUUUACGCUGAACCUGGUGUUUGAUCUCAUACUAUUCGUCGAGCCGAUUCCAUGGAUGUGGCGUCUGCAUCUGCCCUUGGAAAAACGGUUGGGGUUGAUUGGCAUGAUGUCUCUGGGUCUGCUCGUCGUCAUCACCUCAGGCCUUCGAAUUUCCUUGGUCAUGCACCUCGGCCACGAUCACUUUCAUGACCUAGCUGAACCCAUGAUCUGGUCCCAAACCGAAGUCAGUACUCUGAUAAUGUGUUCCUGCCUCCCCUCCCUCCGACAGCUCGUCCGUCACGUCCCCAGCAACUACCAGAACACGCCUCUGGGAUCACGAUCAGUACCCACGAAACCCACACUCGGCGACGAGGAUCGGCAGGCUUGGCUCACAAUUACGCGGUCGUUUCCGUGUGGUGUUGUUAUUGGCGAUAGUGGCGAUAGUGGCGAUAGUGGCGAUAGUGGUGAUAAUGGCGGUAGUGGCAGUAUUGGUGGUAAUGGUGAUAUUGGCGGUAGUGGCAGUAGUGGUGGUAGUGGUGAUGGUGAUAUUACUAAUAGCAACAAGUUCAGUGCUAGUGAGAUCGGAACGACGUGUCGGGUUGAGGUGUGUCCGCCGGGUACACGCGGUAAGUGGAUAGUGUCAGGGACAGAAGGGGAGCCGGAGCUGGAGGGGAUUAUGAUUACAACGGAGGUUACGUGUGAUAUUGAUGUUGAGGAGCAUAGGGAAAGGGAUAGGGACAGGGGUACAGAGAUGGAGACGGGGGCGGUUGGGACAAGGAAUCUGGAUGUGGAUUUGGAGUUUAGGAGUCAGGGGUGGUUGACGACGACUUCGCCUGUGUAGACAUGAUAUAGAGGCGAGGAAUAAGGAUAAGAUUGCUUCACCAGGAUCUCAUUCUAAGACUAGAACAUCAUGUGAAGACGAUGAUGUAUUAUCUGCCUCAUGAAU